CAGCCUUGCCUUCAAUUUUAAGUUUUAAGCAGGAGCCCAUGGCCCCGAACCUCCGUACACACUAUACAGUAAAAACCCGCAGGUAAGAACCUGUUUUUUAUGAACCUGAUGGGCGAAAAUUUUCCCGUUAGGCCCCGUCUAGACAAGAACCUGUUUAGCCUAGUAUGGCACAGGUUCUUGUUUUCUAAAAUCUAUGCGCAACCUGGUUAGAUUAACUUGGGAAAUUUCAGUUCUUACUCGCGGGUUUUUACUGUAUCCAGGCAACCUUCGCUCGUAUUUUUAUUUUUAUUUUUAUUUUUACAACUGUCUGUAGUUCUAGAUUUUCUGCGUAGUUGGGCUCUUUUCGCCAGCGUCCACAUGUAAAACGUAAAAAGAAAAAAAAAUGGCGGCGAAAGAGAGAGGAAAGCCAUUCCCUUUCCUUGCAAAUCGUUUUACCUAUAUUCUGGCAAGUUCGAUCCACAAUCCUUUUCUUAUCGCAGAGGAAACCUGGCAACAAUGAUUUUAAUCAUUGAACUUCAGCGUUGGCUGAGUCUUUGAUCAGGCACUGUUAGGGCUUUAGAUUCCUGCCUUUUUCCAACUUCUGUCUCGAUUAUAAGUGAUGCACGAACAUUGUAAAGAUUAGCUUUUCAAUCUUGAACGUUUAAUCCGUAAUUACCUGAAUGAUUAUUGCGUGACUUGCUAAUUAAAAAAACAAAACCCAUAAUCAAAUCAAAUGCACGUUCGAUUUGUCAUUGCGUAAUGUAUCUCGAAUUUGUUGCCGUAGCAACUCUCUUCAAUAAUACACGCGCACGUAUUCAAUAAAUACAUUGAAUGUUCCCGCUUUUGUGAUGCGACAGUAAUGAAUUGCAAACCUCGUCAGGGUCCUAUUGUCGGUAGCUGCCAUUAUAUCCUUUAAAAGUCAAGAUUGAAAAAUAAGAAGCAAGGAGACAAUCGCUAAAAAUUUGGGUUUUAAUCAAAUGGAUCCUUCACGAAAUUCAACGGGCUUAAACUGUUUCAUCCGGAGAUAAUUGCUGCUCUGGCGAUAUGUUAUUUCCUAUUGCGAGCGGCUUUGUCGGAAAUAUCAUCGAUAAGGAAUCCUUGGAAAGCUUUAAAGACUUUUCAGACGCAAAGGAAUAAUUCAACAAAGCUGUUUUAACAGAAAACAAGACGGUUAUAAUAUGGCGGCUGCGGCGAAGACAUCGCUUCCCAGUGGUUACGAUCACGAAGCCGGUCGAUCAACCAAGACAGUUACCUUCUACGUAAAUGGUGAUCAAAAUUUCCAAGGGCAUGUAAUGGUUAUUACUCCUAGGAGAUUUCGAAACGUGGAAGGCCUUUUAGACGAGUUACAUCGUUUGACAUACUCUAGACACGUCAAAGACUUACCCCUGGGAGUUCGGUAUCUGUUUUCCCUUGAGAGCGGCGACAGAGUUGACAACCUUGAUCAGUUAAUUGACGGGAAAGCUUAUGUUUGCUCAUCACAUUCACGUCUAAAGAAGAUUUCAUAUGGCGGAAAGCCUCCUUUCGCCAACUGGGGCACCAGACAGCGGAUCGAGCUGCCUAGCUUACACUUAAUGGCAUAUAACGAGACAAAACGACGACCGCUUGGUGUUAAAACAACAGAACACUCGAGACAACGUGGUUAUUCAGACCCAAAAUCCAUCCUUGGCGACGGAAGAACAAAUUAUGUGAAACCCAAAAUUGUCACCGUGGUCAGAAAUGGCCCUCACAAGCCUCGUACAGCUGUAAAAACGCUCUUAAACAAAAGAACAGCUCAAAAACUUGAGCAAGUUCUUGAUGAAGUUUCUAAUUCCUUUGGAAACACCAGUGGUUUGAGCGCACCGAGAAAACUCUACAAUGUUUCGGGACAGGUAAUAAGUGAUGUAAUGGAACUGUUUCAUGACGAAAAUAACAUAUUUAUUGCCGUGGGCAGUGAGAAAUUUAGUCCUGAUGACAUUGCGGAUAUUUUGGAGGACUUUGAACACGGUUCGAGCUCAAAGAAACGCUCCAAACAUAAGGAAUCGAAAGCGAGCAACGAAGGAAUGUUACACAGUAAACAGAAGAAGAACAAAGAGCACGAUCAGGUGAAAACUAUUAACACGGACGAGGAAAGCAAACUUCCAAAGCUUCCGGACAUUCAUGCAAAAGUUGAGAGCAAACCAAAACAGGAGAGUAAUAACAAGCCUCAUUUGGCAGCUAAUUCGAAUGCUAAAAGGUCGCAUGUUAAUCAUAAGCCGGCGAAACAUGUCCCCUCACGCAGUCCGGGCAAAAAACAAAAUCAAAACGCGGUGAAACUUCCUCAGAUUGGCCGCAAUAACUUGGUGUCUCAACCAGAGAAAGAAACUAAAGAAAACGAAGUUAUUUCUAAACCUAGCAACAAGGAAAACGGUGAUGUUGCCGGAGUUCAAAAUGCAAAUAAUGAACUCAGAGAGACGGGACAUGUAAACAUUAAUUUUCCCAGUGCUGACAAGCCGAGCAGAAAGGAAUCGGUUGGCAAGAAACAUAGUGUAGUUAGUAAGGUCAACACUAAGAAAACUUCGAGAGAUGACAGUGGUAUUUUUUCAGAGGCCGAGGUGAAAUACGGAACGGUUACUGACAAAACUGUCGAAGAUGUGUACCUUAUUGGAAAGAAAAUUGGCGACGGAAACUUCGCCGAUGUCCGUGAAUGUACUGACAGAAUAACCAAAAAGGAAUUUGCUUUGAAAAUUGUCGAUAAGAGCAAAAUUCAAGGGAAAGAACAAAUGAUCAGGGACGAAAUAGAUAUCAUGCGAAGAUGUAAACAUCCGAAUAUUGUUCGAAUGUACGAAGAUUAUGAUACCACACGACACAUCUAUCUGGUGAUGGAGUUAAUCCAAGGGGGUGAUCUUUUCGAUGCAAUUUCUUCCUCGGUGAAGUUUACCGAAGCUGUCACUCGAAACUACGUCAAGGACAUUACAAAGUCGUUGGACUAUUUACACAAGAGAAAAAUUGUUCACAGAGAUCUUAAACCGGAAAAUCUACUGGUAAGUCAAUUAGUCUUGUACAUGGUCAUUAUAAUCUUGUAUCUUGGUAACUAAUAAAUUAAACACCCCAGGGAUUCCCCGCCAGACGAGGCCUCUUUUCCCUAGUAUUUCGCCCACCAAAUACCAGGGAAAAAAGGCCUCUGCUAGCAGGGAACUCCAGGGAAAGCCUUCCAAUCCCAUCUCGAUAGGACUUUUAUGGAGCCUGAAUUACUGAGUAAUUCCUAACUACGGCCUAUGAAUAACUCACAAUUCUGUACCAUGGCUUUUAACUCUUGUUAUUUAACCGGAACGUGUUCCGAAGUGAACCUUCAUACAAACUUGACCAGAGUUUUACUUAAACGGAGAACAAUCAUUAAAAUAUUCUUCGGCUUUCUUAGAAAACCCCUUUAUAAUAUUAAAAUGUUACUGGAGUUGAAGGUCUACAUGGAUUCAGUUUGGAGAAAAUGCAACCACAGUUAUAAUGGAAUUGGGCUAAACAGAGAAAUCUUUGCUGUUACCAUGGUUUUAUUUUAUGAAGAUUUUAUCUUUACAUUCUAGACUUUAUUAAUUAAACAAAGAGGCAGUUUUUAAUAAUAUAACCAAGGGACAGUUGGAUUUGUAAACAAAUUGACAAUGCACUGUCUUGCUUUUUGUUUGCUAAAGAACGAAAAGGCUUAUGAGCAAAAAAAUUUUAACUCAAUAAUAAAAAUUGGUCCUCGCCAAAAAUUACACCUGCCACGUCGAGAUCUUUCUUUCGCCUUUUUUAAAAAUAAGAUUCCUUUUAUAAAAAGACUAACAGGGAAUUCGUUUAUGUAGUCAAAUGUCUUCCCAUCUGCCUCUGUCCUGCACCGUUUAGCCAUGUUAUUGCCAGCUAUUACUUUGCAAAACCCCAACUGCACUCUGAAAUUGGCAGCUCGUUUCAAACUUGCGGAUUCAGUGAUUGACUUUUGAGUAGCCGGUUCCAGGCACUCAGAUUAUGGGGAGGACACAAAGAGAUAUGAGCAGGAAAAAUUGUGAGGGGUGGGGUAGGGAUGAGAGCCUCCCCUCUCCCUCCCCCUCUUCCUCUAUUAUUUUUUCACGGUCUCUGACUUAAUUUAAUCGCGGAAAGCAAGCUUAAAUAGGGAGCUUGAGCAACAACGAGGGCUACGGCAAUGGAAACGUCACUUAAAAGGUGAAUUCGCGCUGCUCCAUCUCGUCUAGUUCGUCAAAUGUUUUUAAAUGUUUUUGGAGUUAAAUUCCAAAGAACGGUAUCAAACGUUUAGGAAAAGAAAAAUGAAGUUGUUGUCUGGUGUUCCCGUCCUCGACAAAACGUGAAUUUAGGCACUUUCACAUUGUAGUCGUGCAACGUCUAUGACGGCAAAGAAAUGUACAAAAAAAGCGUGAUGCACGUGCAAAGUUGUUGUUUUACUGAUCUAAACCUAUUGCUUUGUUGCCGUUCUUGUUGCCGCCGCCGUCGUCCUUGCUUAAGCUCCCUAACAGACCGAAGACAACGAUCAUCCCGUGUAAGCAGGGUGCAAGGAAAGUAGUGUCCGAUAGCCCGGAGCUAGUGGAUUUUGUUCUUAACUUGCCCAACGGACAAGUGAAGUUUCUUGAGGAAUUCAAAUUACAGGAGAACUGUGAAAUCAAUUCUGCUCAUCAAUUGAAAAGUGUUUUGGGGGCAAGUUGAAAUGACGUUUGGGCUAGUAUAUGCUAGCUUCAGCUUGCCUGAAUGGCAAGCUUUAAAAAAUGACUUUCUUUGCGCCCUGCGUGUAAGAGAAUCCAAGACAGUCUUGUAUUCUCGAUUCUACACCGUGAAUUUCGGAUUCCAAGCACUUGAUUCCAGUCUUCGUCAGUAGAACUUGAUUCUCGUCUCGAAUCGUUAGUAGGAUUCCUGAUUCCGCAAUCAAAAUUUCCUGAAUUCCAGAUUCUAAAUUUCCACAAGCAAAAAUUUUCGGGAAUACGGAUUACCAUACAUGGGGCGACAACAGGCUUAAGGGACGUUGCGCUCCCACAACGGUGACGCCAGUUAAAACGUCACUGAAAAUUGACCUCGCGUCCACGUCCGAACUCAGAGAGAUACAGUAAAAUUUAUGCGUCUUGCCGUUCACGUCCUCGAGAGAAUUUAAGAAUUGGUCAUUUCACGUCGGAGUUGUUCUGGGGCCAAAGAGAUUUAGCAACCUGAUACACGUAAAAAGUAGUUGUUUCGCUCACUAAACCUAUUCUUUUUUGACGUACGCGUUGUCGUCUCAGUUGUAGUUUCGUAAAAUGUCUUUGAAGCCGAUGGUAGUACUGUUCUUCCUUAUUUUCCCGUAAGAUCGUUGAGAACGAGCGCUCACCAUCACUGCCAGCUAUUCUGAAUUGCUUUAAAAUGUACCAAGAAGGCGAUCGUCAGGACUUAUAGCAAUGGGGGAAGGGAGGCCGCGCCCCCCUCCCCUUAUUAAAGUAGAUGACAAGCUAGUCUCGGUCAAGAUGGCCGCCAGUAGCGCUCGUUCUCGACGAUCUUACGGAAAAAUAGGGGACUGUGAACAGUCUAAGCUGACGGUUGCUCCGGAUAUAAUAGGCUCCUAAUGUAGCCAACUUACUCUAACUCUUGCUUAAAAGAGUUGCUGACUUGUAUUUUACACCCUUGUUAGGUUCACAAGAAACCUAAUGGUCAAACAAUUCUUAAACUGGCAGACUUCGGCUUAGCAAUGGAGGUAAAAUCACCAAUCUUCACCGUCUGCGGAACACCCACUUAUGUAGCACCAGAAAUCCUCGAGGAAACUGGUUACGGGCUCAAGGUCGAUAUGUGGGCAGCGGGUGUCAUCACCUACAUCAUGCUCUGUGGUUUCCCGCCGUUUCGUAGCGCCAAGCGAGACCAGGACGAACUGUUUGACUUAAUUAUGGAUGGCGAUUACGAGUUUUUGUCCCCUUAUUGGGAUAACAUUUCAAACGAGGCCAAAGACCUCAUCUCUAAACUGCUGGUAGUGAGCCCAAGUAAACGAUACACUGCGGAAGAAGUCUUGGGUCACCCUUGGGUUAAACACACUGGUGUUUCCCGUGAACUCGGCAGUCAAUUUCUCACGUCGCGUAGAAAGUUCAAAGCCGCAGCUCUUGCUAUACAAGGAGCGAAACGGUUUGAAAACUUGGCGGAACAAUUCCAUCGGCAGCGAGGCGAGAAGGUUUUCGUACGGUAACUUGCCAAAGCGUUCCUCGAUCAAUUUAGGGUUUUGUGGGAAACUCCCCCCUACCCCUCCCUCACUCAUUUCUCACUUAGGGCAAAAUGUUGGCUUAAGGGAGGGGUAGUUAGGCAGUUGCCCAGAAAUCUAAAUUGAUCCGCAUUUCCUUCCUGAGUAGUGUUGAUUCUCAGCGAUUAGCCCUUUAAGUCGCAAUAUUGAUAAACAUCAAUUUUCUCCUAACGAUAUCCAUAGAUUGUCAGGAGAUUAGGUUUUGAGAAUUAAUAAAAUGAUCACCUAAGGGAAAAUGCUUUGAUCUUUUAUCAAAUUCUCUUAACUCAUUCACUAAGGAAAUGUAUGGAGAUCAGUAUGGAGAAUUUGUAUGUGGAUAUUGGGGCUUAUAGGAAUAGCCGCUCCCAUAGGUUAUGAAAUAUUCUUAAUUGAGUGGGGAAAAGGAAUACCUUAAAAAUUCCUUUUAAGCUUCGUCAUUAAGAACAUAAAAAUUAGUGCGCCAAGUUUCCCACGACUAAGUCAGUUUAGGAAAGUUGUGCAGAGUACUCGACGCACAAAUCGUGAAAAAAAAGCCAACAAAAACAAAGCCCUCCCAGCUUCAAACACGCCCCACCUGUUUAUUCAAUUUAAUACGUAACUAUCCUUUCACAAGCCAAAUAGUAUUUGCAUUUUUGUGAUUGACGGAGAAAAGAAACGGAAGGAACCAGCGAUUCAGCGGGUGUCCUGUAGGGUCAUGCGCAACAGUCUGGCGUUUUUAUGACAUGGUAUUCUGAUUGGCUGGUUUCCAAUCGAAGGUAAACUUCAGUAACUGAGUUCAUCGAAUGGUUCUAGCUUUACAGCGCUAGUUUCAUUACAUUCUGAAAUGUAUCGUAAGAAGUAAAGUUUUUUUUCCUCCGAUUUGUAAUUAUUUACACUCCCAGUAAAGGGAAGAAUAUAUAGUGAAAAGUCAUUCCUGAACCGAGUUUUUCGAAACAUUCACACACAAAAAAAGACUUGUAAAUAUAAGGUAACCUUUCAGUUGAAGAGGACGAUGACCAUUUUGUAAUUCUGAAAACUCUGUGAACAUUAUCAGUACCUAUAGCCUUAUGGCGCUAUAGUAUUUUAGUAAGAUGUAUUAUGCUAAUUCUAAAUGUCACUUUGCAAAUUGAAAAGUAAGUCAUCUGUAGUUGUAAAUAUUUUCCAAUUUGAGAGUAUGAUUUUUUUUUAUGCAAAUAGUUUUGAAUACCAUUGUCAAAAUAUAUUUAAAUAAUUAUAGCCAGUGCAAAUGAAGAUUGAUUAAAUUAUUUAUUUGUUGAUUU